AUGGCGCCUGACUCUGCAGACGUCGAAAUGGAAGUCCCUCGCCCAGAUACCGAAGAUGAGGAUACUGAGCAGAAGAUUAUCAACGAAGAGUACAAGACGUGGAAGAAAAAUAGUCCUUUUCUUUAUGACAUGAUCCUAAGCACUGCGCUUGAGUGGCCCACCUUGACUACACAAUGGUUCCCCGAUAAGAAAGAGCCUGCUGGCAAGAAUUACACCAUCCAUCGAUUGCUGAUAGGCACCCACACCUCCAACGAUGCCCAGAAUUACCUCCAGAUCGCCAAUGUUGAACUGCCAAAGAAUAUUACACCAAACCCUCAUGACUACGACGAGCAGCGAGGAGAGAUUGGUGGCUAUGGCAACUCUUCAAACGGCGAACAGGCAGCGAUCAAGAUGACAAUUGAGCAGAAGAUUGAUCAUCCGGGAGAAGUCAACAAGGCUAGAUAUCAACCACAGAAUCCCAACAUUAUUGCUACAAUGUGCAUUGAUGGAAAGGUCCUGGUCUUUGAUCGUACCAAGCACAGCAGUCUUCCAAAAGGCACUGUCAAUCCGCAGGCAGAGUUACUGGGACACAAGAAGGAAGGAUUCGGGCUGAGUUGGAACCCACAUGAGGCCGGAAAGCUGGCGACUGGCAGCGAAGACAAAACUGUCCGCUUAUGGGACCUGAAAACCAUCCAGUCAAGCAAUAACCACGUCAAAGCAUCGCGAGUGUAUACGCACCAUAGCUCGAUCGUGAACGACGUCCAAUAUCACCCUCUGCAUAAAUCCCUGAUCGGAACCGUCUCGGAUGAUCUCACUCUUCAAAUUAUCGAUGUUCGGCAACCAGAAACCGAUCGAUCAUCUGUAACGGGCCAGGGUCAUAGCGAUGCUAUCAAUGCCUUGGCUUUCAAUCAAGCCUCGGAGUUCGUUUUGGCUACCGCAUCUGCUGACAAGACUAUUGGUAUUUGGGACUUGAGGAAUCUGGACGAUAAGCUCCACUCCCUGGAGGGUCAUGGCGAUGCUGUCACCUCCCUGGCUUGGCACCCCCAUGAAGAGGCUAUAUUGGGUAGUGGAAGUUAUGAUCGCCGAGUUAUCUUCUGGGAUCUCAGCAGAGUCGGAGAGGAACAACUGCCAGACGAUCAAGAAGAUGGACCUCCUGAAUUGUUAUUCAUGCAUGGUGGUCAUACCAACCAUCUAGCUGAUUUCAGUUGGAACCAGAAUGAGCCAUGGGUCGUCUGCAGUGCUGCUGAGGAUAACUUGAUACAGAUCUGGAAGGUGGCUGAAGCAAUUGUGGGCAAGGAUAUUGAAGAACCGUCACUUGAUGAGCUUGAGCGAUGAAUUGGGCAGAGGGUUCCUGCAGAUACCAGAUGACGACUUUUUGAUGAUAUGCUGUGGAAAGGAGUUCAUUGCAUGUGAUUGUGGCACGGCGUUAACUGGAAUGAUCAUCAAUGAUAUUCGAAGACUGAUGCGCCUAGAGAGCCGUUGUACAUCAUGCAUUGGAGUAGCAUCUCUUUCCGCCUCCAAAGUUCGCAUCCCCCAUCCCUAGGAAAAUUUGUCCACAAAAAGAACAUCCUAUUAUAAUGUCGCUAUAAGAUAAUUUUGAGAUGGUGACUUGAAUCG